AUGGCUACAUAUGAAGAUAAGAAAAAAGAAUUUAUAAAUUCUGUUAUUGGAAAGAUAGUUUGUAUAGAAUUGAAUGACGAUAGAAAAAUAUAUGGCCAAUUGAUUUGCGUAGAUAAGUAAAGAAAUAUGGUGAUCAAUGAUUCAAUCACUGAGGUUGAUGUAAAAUAUAAUACACCAAUCAAUAAAGAUCUUAAAAUAUAUUUAAGAAAUGAUAUCCUUGCUAAAAAAUAUAUUGAGUUACCACAAGAUGUGCUUAAUAACUCUGAAAAAUUAGAGAAAUUUAAUGAAAUAUUUAGAUAAAAUAAAUUUUGGUCUGGAAAUGUCAUAAUAGCUGAUAAGCACAUGAGAAAAAUUUAUGUUACUAAAACAAGUGUUGAAUAGGAAUAGCAAUGA